CUUCAUUUUGAGUUGAGCGUGCGUUCGUGCAGUUCUGUGCAGCUUGUAUUAUUUGACACGACGCAGCGCCUUUUGCGCUUAGGAGUUCCUUAUUAAUAUAUAGUGACGUAAUUUUUAGAGUCCCUGUACGAAUACGCUUGGUGUCUUCCAUUAUCAGGAUUGACGAACUAAGGGUCUCCAUGUACCUGAAUAAAAGUAACAGCUGACAAAGAGCCCUGGAGCGGCUGAAACGAAGGCCGAACUACAUCUCGAGAAGGUAUUCAAGUUGCGGGUCUCUGUGCUUCUGCUUCUAUAUUUUGAAAAUUUUGAAGAAAAACAAGUUUGUCACCAACUUCAGAAAGAUUUAACCUGAAAGAGUUCAUCUUACUAGAUAAUUUUAAGAUUAAUCAUCAUGAAAAGUACUGAAAUAGCCAGCUGGAAGACCAAAGAAGAUGUCCUCCAAGAUUUGGGGGCAUUUGGGCAGAUGGGGAAUGUGGAUAAUUAUCUUGUGAUUGGGAACAGGCCGCCACCUCCUUUGAGGGAAGACCUGGGUGAUGAAUACAAUAUUCCCUUUGACAGCACAAGCUAUGAAAAUAAGUCGAUGAAGCCAGAUUUGAAAGGAAUCACGCAUUUUAUCCGAAUGCUGAAUGACGAGGAAGAUCCGAGCGAAGAAGAAACAAAACAAGGAACGUCGGCCGGUAUAGUAAUAAGUAAAUUAAAUCCUCUAGUCAAAGAAUUCGUUCCUAGGACUCGUCAUUCAAACUCGCUUUCUGUAGGUAUAACAGCAAACAACAAUUGUUUAAAUAAUCCUUCCAAAUCUCGCCCUAAUACUAAUAGCUCUUCAAAAUUAUCUCAUAAGAACGAUAAAAAACCUGCAAAAUCAAUGACUAGUGUCGCAAGUUCUUCAAACACUACAAAUUCAACUAGUCAAAACGGAAACGCAGUUAUAAGUGAUCAGGACAUAAAUGUAGGGGCUACAUCAAAUGAUAUCGUCCAGUUAACAAACGAAUUGCGCAACAAAAUCAGCAAUACCCUGAAAUCAGAUUCGUUGAAGCAUAAAAAAGAACGUAAUGUGGCGAUUGCUAAUCUGUUGAGACUCCACUCGUUGAAGCCAAGUCCUUGUUCGUCAAAGCCAAGCCGAAGUUCGUCCAAGUCUAACAUAUCAACCUCAGUUGAAGGUAAAGAACCAACACUAAUAACACCCGACUAUUUCAAACAUACUAUUAAUGAUCCACCGAUAGCAUCUUCAUCAUGCAGUGAAAAAGCUGAUAACGAAGCUAAAUCUGAAACUGACACUGAAAGGAUUGAAAAUGGUGAACAAGCUAACACUGUACAUCCUAGUAUACAGGAAUCUAUUGAAAAAGUCAAUAAUUGGUUUGAGAAACCAAAAAGCGCUAUAAAAAAGGCACCUUCUGUUUGUCUCGGCCCUGUUUCUUUUAAACGCAAAGAUGCAUCAGUACAAUCUCCUACUGGGGACGUAGACAGUAAGUCGACCAAAACCAUUACACCAACUGCACAGUUCAAGCCGUCAAAAUACGCGGAAGAUUUGGCUAAAAAAUAUAUGGAGAGGAAACAAGAGGCCAAACGGCGGCAAAUGACAAUUUGGGAUAAUUUGGAGGAUGAGCUUAAAAAAAAAGAUGAGGUUAUACGAAAUAAACGGGCUGCUAAUACAGACGAUUAAAUUUUGAGGCCUUUGUCAGCUGUAGGACAAUAUAGAAAUUGAAAAAAAAAAUUAAUUUUAAUUUUAUAUUAGCAAUAACAACAAAAUUGACUGUCUAUGAUGACUGAUAUAUUAUGCUUUAAAAAUAGAAUUCGAGUGCGCUAAUUUUGAAAUAUUAUGUGCUCAAUUAACUCUUAAGUACAAGCGAUGGCGUCUCGAAAAGAAAAUUCUAUUUGCAAUGUAAAUAAUUAAAAUUUUUUAAAUUUAUCAAUUUUAAUUAAUUUCAAAUAGUUAAACAUUUUUGUACUGUAAUUAUGAUUCGAAUGGAAUGUCGUAUUAAGUUUAAUUUACUAGCUAGUAAAAAUAUUUUUUACAAAUUAUGACAUGUCAAAUUAUUUGACUAAAGUAGGAUUAAUAAUGUCAAAAGUAUUUUAUAUACCGUAAUGUUUAAUUACAGUUAUUUUGCUAUUACUAUAAGACAAUAGGAUAGAAUAUGUAAGUUUAAAUUGUCAUUUUAAAAAUGCCGUUUUUUAAACUUAGCCCAAGAGAAAUAUGACUACUUUAAGCAAGACGUUAUGUUAUAUUUUAUAAUAGCUUAUUUUUUAAUUAAAUAAUUCGUCGAGUUUUUAACGAAGUAACCUACAUAUUUUUUAUUUAUCAAUAUACUAUGGAAUAUAAAAAAAAAUGUAGGUUGUAAUUGUAAAAUGCUUGAUACGAAAAUCCGUUCUGACUUGAAUGAAACUGUAAUUUCGCAAGCAAAAAAAAAAAAAAAAUACAUCGUUAUUAUUUUUUUAAAUAAAAAAACAACAAAAUUUCUUAUUUUUAUGUUGGUAUCUACUUUUAAUAGUGAAGGUGUGUCUAAAAGUAAUGUUAAUUUAAAUAAAUGCAUUAAAUGUAUGCUUUAGAGGGCAUAAUGUGAAGAAAAUGAAGUUAAAUGGCCAAAGGUCCGAAGCAUGAGAGAUAUGUUAAUAGUUUAUAGUAUUUUUCAUUAAAAAGGACCAAAGAUCCGAAGGUAAGGAACUCUAAAGAAUUUCUUGCAAAAGAAUAGGUAGGUAAGAGAAAAAAAAAGGAGAAAUAAGAGAAAUUUUGCACAAAGAG